GAUACAGUAUAGGGAUUUUAUGUUUCUAGGGUUAUCACUUACAAAGCAGCUAUGGAAGAUUCACAACUUUCUCCCUCACGUAACCUAGAUCAAGCCGGAAACUCCUCAACAAACAUUCCUUUUGAUCUCACAUUAGAGAUAGUCUCGAGACUUCCGGCAAAACCUAUAAUCCGGUUCCAAGCCGUGUCAAAGCUCUGGUUCUCUACCAUCCGCAGUAAAAAUUUCACCGACUCGUUCCUGACUAGGUCAAAGACUCGUCCUCGUCUCUUUUUCACCUUUAAACACUUCGAUUCCCGGAAACGUUUCAUCUUCUCAGCUCCUGAACGCGACAACAAUGACAAAUCCUCCACAGUUGUCGCCAGACACGACAUGACGAUCUCGGAUGUCGCCUACAUCAGAUCUCUCCCCGUCAACGGUUUGUUUUGCUACACGCGUGGUGAUUCGAUCGCGGUUUGUAAUCCCACCACUAGACAAAUAGUUAAAUUGCCAGAUGUGGAAUCCAACGGAAGAGACGUAUACACACACGUCUUGGGUAUGAUCCGGUUCAAGACCAAUACAAAGUGUUGUGUGUAAUGAUGUUCGAUGGACACGACGCCAAUCAACAAGAUAUCCAACAGGAACACUUCGUUUUCACGCUAAGCUCUCAACAAAAAGAGUGGAGAAAGAUUGACAUAACCAAAGAAGAAGAUCCUUACCGCCACAUGAAAGGUGGGAUUUGCAUAGAUGGUGCUAUACACUAUGGAGUUUUGUAUAGAAAAAUAGCUAGAUUUGAUGUUAGAACCGAGAAGAUUGAGUUCAUUCAAGGACCAGAAGACUUUAAUGCAAUCUCAUGUUAUUCAACACUUAUAAAUUACCAAGGAAAAUUAGCAUGUGUAGCGUUUGACCCCUACUGUAACACUGAGAUGGGUAUGUAUAUUCUACAAGAUGUUGAGAAACAAGAAUGGUCAAGCAUCAUAACUUGUGAUGUGCCUAGUGAGUGGGGAGAUUUGUUUGAAAAAGAGAGAUCUUUGUGCACCGGAAAGAUUCAUACGGGCGAGGUUAUGAUUGUUUCCACACCUGCGAGGUUAAAGUCAUAUAUGCCAUUUUUUGUUAACUAUUGUGAUAUAACUAGGGAGAGUAUUAGAAGAUGUGAGAUUGAUGGAAUUGCGGAUUAUGAGUUUAGACGUAUCCAUGGAAUUGGUAAGCGUACUCGUGAAAUGUUGUGUUUUCCAGGUCACAUUGAGAAUAUUAUCUUCUUUCAUUAGACCAUCCGCAACGAGGGGUUUUAGAGUGGUUCUUAGCUUUUUGAUUGAAUAAAAUUAAAUCAAUAAUGCUUUCUAUUAC